UUUGAGCUCACCCAACUACCUCAGGACACUGCAGAGAGAGCGAGAACAAGAGCGAGAGAGAAAAUGAGAGUGCACGAGAGAGAGAGUGAAUGAGUAGAUAGAGAGAGAGAGAGAGAGAGAGAGAAGAGAGAGGCAGAGACAGAGAGCGCAAGAUCCAAGCUCGCUCACUCUCUCCCUUUAGCUGCUACAACGGAUCCUUUCCACAUCGACGCUACUGUUAACGUCACGCCUGUGAGCCCUGCUUGCACCCUGCGCUUGCCUUGGCUGCCUUGCUGAUCUCUCCACCGGGCGGACGCAGCGUCGGAAAGGAAGCGCUGAUCGGCGCCACAAGAGGAGCGGGGGUUUCAGAAGAAGAAAAAAAAACAAGAGAAAAGAGAGGACCAGAAAGGAAAAGGAUAAAAGAACAGAGAAAGGAGAAACUGCGCACCACCCCUCCUUCUUCUAAACUCACCCCCCCACUCUCGAUCAACACCACUACCACUCCUCUCCCCUCCUCUCCUACUUCUACCCUCCAUCCCGCUCCCCCCCUCCCUUCUCUGAAGAAAUUGACGGAUUAUUGGGAAGUGCGCGGGAGGCAGGCUGCAGCUGCUGCUGUGUGCGCUUGGCAAGGAUGAAGCGCGUGCGUCCGCAAUUUGCCGCACGGCCGCAGUGUGCGGCAACUUGACGAGAGGGAAUGAGGGGAUAAGGACGGCGGGAAAAAGCCGGGAGCCGCGCCGAGUCUUUGCAACCCCUGCCGAGUGCGCAGGAAAAGAGAGGAGGAAAAAAAUCCAAGUGGACACGACGCCACAUUGAGGAUGAAAAGGUAGAAGAGCUGUCAGACUGACCAACCAACCAAAUGAUUGACCACUGAAAAGUGGGCACAGGAAUAUAAAGGAGGAGGAGGAGGAGGAGGAGGAGGGUGGGGGCUUCUUUUUUUUUUUUUUUACCCCCCGGAUUGUCAAUCUCACCUCCGGAGCGCCGCAAACAAAAAGAAAAGAACACUGGAAACAGGGACUGUGUAAUUCCUUUUCAACCUUUUUAUUUGGUCCUAAUCUGACUAUUUUGGACAAUUGUGUACCACGACCAGUGCUAUGGAAACCAGGAUAAGGUGUCUAUCGAGGGGAUCAACUGUCGGAUUCCAAGGACAAGCGAGGCAAGAGGAGCUGACUGCCAGAAGCCAGCAGUGGAGCAUUGCUUCUUUGGAAGCCUGAGUGGAUUCCUAUGUACAAUUUUUUUUUUCUUUUUGUUGUUGUUGUUGUUGCUCGAGAGACAAACGCUCAUCAUAAAGGGCCUUCAAAUCUUUCGAAUUGGAUGUAUGGAUUUACAAAAGGGCUCAUCCUGGUUUAGCAGGGCAGUUGUUAAAAGGCUUUACGUUGCUGCUCGGGGAAAUACGUGCAUCUCAAGUGAGUGCCACAGCUCUUUGUGAGGGGAAGCUAUAUGUCUCAGUUGAAGGACCUGUAUUGUUAACUUGAGGUAGGUGUCUAGUGUUUCAACCCCUCUUUGCAUCAGUUUGCGACACCCUAUCUUCUCGACUUGUGUCUUUGUAAUAUGGCUUUUGCUUGCUUAAUUGACCACCGUGUCCUUUUCAUCCAUGUUGCAAUUCAGCCAGCACCCUCGACCCACUCCCCUCACUUGUGAGCACAGAUCAUGAGAAUACAUUGUUAACUCAAGAUAAGUGUCAAAAAGUGUCAUUAUAUCAAAAUGUCCCCUUUCCUUCUUCAAUCUCUUUAAUCCUUUUGACUCUGGUCUCGGAAAAACUAAAGUCAAGUCAACCAUCUCAUCUUCCUGUGCCCAAACCCUCCGCUCCCCACACACACCACCACCACCAGCCCCCCAGAUGAUGCUGAAUUAUGAAUGUGCCACAUCAUGAGUCUCCUGGGGAGGGUAGCUGCGCAUCGUGCCAGGAAAACCGCUCUACUCUGUGUAGUGUUCCUGAUGGCACGGGCAUGGAGCAGCGCCUCCCUGGCCUUAGGGGCGGCAGCCUCUCAAGGACCCCAGGGCUGUCCCCCACAGUGCUCUUGCAGUAAUCAGCAAGGGAAGGUGGUGUGCACCCGACGGGGCCUCACUCGCGUGCCCCCGGGCAUACCGGCCAACACGCGACACCUCAAUCUGAUGGAAAACGCCAUCGAGGCGGUGCAGGCUGACUCAUUUCGCCACCUGCACCACCUUGAGGUGCUCCAGCUUGGGCGGAAUGCCAUUCGGCAGAUUGAGGUGGGCGCGUUCAAUGGACUUACCAGCCUCAACACUCUAGAGCUGUUUGACAACCGGCUGACGGUGGUACCCAGUGGGGCCUUUGAGUACCUGUCCAAACUAAGGGAACUGUGGCUGAGGAACAACCCCAUUGAGAGCAUUCCUUCCUACGCCUUUAACCGGGUGCCCUCCCUGAUGCGACUGGACCUUGGCGAGUUGCGGAAACUGGAGUACAUCUCAGAAGGAGCUUUCGAAGGCCUACAAAAUCUCAAGUACCUCAACUUGGGCAUGUGCAACAUCAAGGGGGAGAUGCCAAACAUGAGUCCCCUUAAGGGUCUGGAGGAUCUGGAGAUCUCUGAAAAUCACUUCCCCGUGAUAAAGCCGAGCUCCUUUAAAGGCCUGAACUCACUGAAAAAGCUAUGGGUGAUGAACUCACAGAUAACCGUGAUAGAACGCAAUGCCUUUGAAGACUUACCGUCACUGGUGGAGCUUAAUCUGGCCCAUAAUAACCUGAGCGCCGUGCCCCAUGAUCUGUUCUCCCCGCUCAGGUACUUGGUGGAGCUCCAUCUCCACCAUAAUCCUUGGAACUGUGGCUGUGAUGCUGUAUGGUUAGCACGCUGGUUGAGGGAAUACAUACCUACAAACUCUACUUGCUGUGGACGAUGCCAUUUGCCUGCCAACAUGAGGGGUCGGCAGCUUGUGGAGGUAGAGCAAGGAGAGGGGGCUGCAACCCAGUGUUCGGCACCGUUCAUUGCAGACGCACCAAGGGAUUUUAACAUCUCGGCUGGGAGGGUGGCUGAGCUUCGCUGUCGCACGGCCCAGAUGUCUUCAGUACGCUGGCUCCUACCCAACGGGACUAUACUGACUCACGCCUCGAGUCAUCUGAGGAUAUCUGUACUCACCGAUGGCACCUUACAUUUUUCAAAUGUCCUGGCUGUUGACACUGGCACAUACACCUGCAUGGUAUCCAAUGCAGCUGGGAAGUCCAACGCGUCGGCGUACCUCAACGUGAGUGCGGCCGAGCUCAACACCUCCAACUUGAGCUACUUCACAACUGUGACAGUGGAGGUCUUGGGGCCGACCACAGAGAUGCCCAAACCCAAGAAGACGACGACGACAUCUGCUUCUACUGCGGUGGCUGGCGUAGCGGGAGGAGGACUGGGCCUUGGAACGACCACCACAACUGCCUCACCCUCCGUCUUUCAGCCAGUGUUCAUCUCCACACCAACUGUGUUGCUGCAAAGCACAGACAGCCCACCUGGUGCAGCCAAGCCAUCUGCAGUGCCCGGACUCAAAGGGGCCACCGGCAAGCCUGGCAAGUCCGGCCCCAGUCUGGAUGAGGUCAUGAAAACCACCAAGAUCAUAAUCGGCUGCUUCGUGGCAGUAACGCUGUUGGCUGCCGUGAUGCUCAUUGCCUUCUACAAACUGAGAAAGCGCCACCAGCAGAGGAGCACCGUGGCGGCUGCUCGCACCGUGGAGAUCAUCCAGGUCGACGAGGAGGACCUUCCGCCACCAGCUUCUGCGGCUCAAGAGACAGCUCUGACUCUACCCGAAAUAAGAGACCGUAAUAGCAUACACAAGAUGGACUAUCUCAGUCACAAGACGGACUAUAGCUACCACAAACCCAAGGCCGAAUACAUACCUCAGCCUGAUUUCACCCUUCACAAGCCAAAAGCAGAGUACACAACGUACAAGCCACACAUGGAUUUCCAUGGUCACAAGUCGGUCCAAGACUAUAGCACUUGCAAAUCUACGCCAGAUUUUAGCCUCCACAGACAAAAGCCUGACUACAGCCCAUUCAGACAGGACUACAACACUCACAAAUCCAAAGCUGAAAACAGUCCAUUCAAACCAGACUUUGGGACUCACCCAAAGACAAGGUCAGACUACAGCCCUUUCAAAUCAGACUACAGCACUCAUCCAAGGCAAAAGAGAGAUUACAGUACCCAACCAAAAUCCAAACACGAUUACAGCCCAUUAAGGUCAGACUACAACACUCAGCAUAAACACAAGGUUGAAUAUAGUAGCCCGUUCAAGCACGACUUUGGUACUCAUCCGAGACCUAAACCGGAUUACAGUCCAUAUAAACCUGGCUACAGCACUCAGCCAAAACCCAAAAUGGACUACAGUGUCCAGAAAUGUAAACCUGACAGCAACUACAAAACCAAGGACCCUUACAAUGCUUUCAAGACCGACUUCAGCCCGCACAAAGCGGACUUCAGCGCCUUUAAAUCGGAGUUCAGUCCCCAUGCUCAGAGACCCAAAAUGGAUUACAGUCCACAUAGGGGGGACUACAGUCCUCAUAAAAUGGACUUCAGCACCAUGAAGCCAAAAUACAACACCUAUAAACCGGGUGGUCACGGGGCCAAAUGGACAGAGAACAACGUGGGGAACUCUUUGCCUCGAACCUUGCCCAGCACCAUCACGACAAUGGCUGAGCCCUUUGUCAUUAAAACUCACACCAAGGAGAAAGUACAGGAGACUCAGAUUUGAAAAAAAGGUUUAGACAUCCCACCCUUAUGCCCCAGUUAUUGCCCAUAAAGCCACACCCCCUAUCCUGACCCCACUAAAAUCAUGCAAUAGAAUGCACAAUGAAAAAAGAAGGGACAGAAACGUCUAUUUUGUACAGAGCAGACGCAAAGACUGACAAGUUCUUGUUGUACAUGCUUAUAAAUAAAUAUAUAUAUAUGGACACGUUGAAACUACCAUGGGCUGGUGACAGAGAAACGUAUAUUAAAAAGAAAAUGAAACUAUUUUCUAACUUGUAACUUCUAUUUAAAAUAAUGUUGUUUAAGAAACUGUCUUGACUUUGACAAAUGAGGGUAGUGUUGUUUAAAAAAAAAAAAAAGGGGGG